CCCAACUCCAUCCACCGCCGUUCGCGCUCCACUUUCCAAGCACCCAAAUCCUCCAACCUCCCCGUGCCGCCGUGGAAUUGAAUCGCAGCCUCCUCGCUCCGCUCCGAUGGCCCGCACCAAGCAGACGGCGCGCAAGUCGACCGGCGGCAAGGCGCCGCGGAAGCAGCUGGCGACCAAGGCCGCCCGCAAGUCGGCGCCGGCCACCGGCGGCGUGAAGAAGCCGCACCGGUUCCGCCCCGGCACCGUCGCGCUCCGCGAGAUCCGCAAGUACCAGAAGAGUACGGAGCUGCUCAUUCGCAAGCUCCCCUUCCAGCGCCUCGUCCGGGAGAUCGCGCAGGACUUCAAGACGGACCUCCGGUUCCAGUCCUCGGCUGUGGCGGCGCUGCAGGAGGCCGCGGAGGCGUACCUGGUGGGGCUGUUCGAGGACACCAAUCUCUGUGCCAUCCACGCCAAGCGCGUCACCAUCAUGCCAAAGGACAUCCAGCUCGCGCGCCGCAUCAGGGGCGAGAGGGCCUGAGCGAUGGCGCUCCUCGUCACCGUUCUUUCGAUUUCUCUGGCCUGUCGGGCUAGCCUGCUCUGCUGGAACUAGAAUGGGAAUCAUUUCUUGCCGGCUUGGUUGGUGUAUCCUGGUGAUGCUCUCAUGUUGGCCUUGCUCAAAUUAAAUGGGAAAAAUGGUCUGUGUUCCCUGAA